AUGGAUAUCUUCGGAGGAGCUCCUCGUGUUUUGGGCUAUCCACGCCCCGUGCUGGCAAAGUGUGGCACAGACGCCACAUUGAAGUGUCAAAUCGAUGGAGACCCUCGCCCUGAUGUGAUCUGGGAGAAAAAAAGCAUGCAGAUCCAGUCUGAUGGACACUACCGGCUCUCUGAGGAGGGCAAAGCGUACCUGCUUACUAUUACUGGCGUGACCAUGCAGGAUGCUGGCCAGUACAUUUGCAAGGCCAAAAAUAGCAUCGGGGAAACUUAUGCAGCAGCCUCCCUCAAAGUUGAAGGAGAGGCCCAGCAACAAGAAGAGGGGCAGAGGCAAUUAGCAGUCAACGGUGUGAAGCAGCCAAUGAAGGAAAAUGGCGGGUUGGAAGGACAACUGAACGAGCCCAGAGAGGUCGAGUUAACACCUGAUGAAAGACCACGCUUCCUCAUCAAGCCCCUCUCUCUGCGUGUGGACCGGGGAGAAGAUGCUGCCUUCUCCUGCAAGAUCUGGGGUUCUCCUCUCCCGGAGGUGACAUGGGAGAAAGAUGGGAAGAAGCUGAAUGACAUCUUCGAGAGUGCACACUUCAGCGUGAGCAACCAGGAUGGCGGCUGGUUCCAGCUUAAGGUCUAUAGAUCACGCAUGCCAGAUAAAGGCGUCUACACCUGCAGGGCCGUGAACUGCCAUGGGGAGGCUUUGGCCGGUGCUGUCCUGCUUGUGGAGCCAGUACCUGAGCGAGAGGAUAGCAAAAGGUCCCCAAAUGGUCACUCUAGCAGCCAGUGGUCGCCCAAGCACCGGGGCGGGAGGCUAAGCUUGUUGAAGAUGUCAGAGGAGCAACAUGUCAACGCUUCUAAAGCCAAGAAGUUCGCAGUGGCGGAGGGGAAACACGCCAAGUUCCGCUGCUUCGUGACAGGGAAGCCCAAGCCGGAGAUUGUUUGGAAGAAAGACGGGGUUCCCCUGGAGCCCGGGAGGCGUCAUUUGAUAUUUGAAGACAGAGAGGGUUACUACACUCUGAAGGUUCUGUACUGUAAAGAGCAGGACACAGGACUGUAUCUGUGUGCAGCAUCAAACGCUCUUGGAAACACACUCAGUGCUGUUCACCUGUCCGUCAAAGGCCCUGCGGUGCGGUUCAGGCGUCCGUUGAAAGACGUGGAGGUGAGAGAGAGGGACGUCGCCGUGCUGGAGUGUGAGGUCCCCGACGAGUCGAUCCCCUCAGCCUGGUACCUGGAGGACCAGCGGCUGAUGCCCAGCAGCAAGUACGGGAUGGAGCAGAAGGGCACCAAACGAAGACUGACCAUCCAUGAUGUGGGGACGGACGACGAUGGAGUGUAUCUCUGUGAGAUGCCUGAUGGGGCGAAGAGCAUUGCAGAGCUUUCAGUUAAAGGUGAAAUCAUCAGAAAGCUUCCCCGGAAGCUGGAGGUCCUGGAGGGAGAGAACGCCGUCUUCUGCGUGGAGGUGGAAAGCGACGAAAUGGAGGUCCACUGGUUCAAAGACGGUUUGAAGCUACACGAGACUCAUCAGACGAUCCUGAAGUCGUUCGGCAAAACGCACAUUCUGGUUUUUGUCAACGUGGCGUAUCAAGACACGGGGGUGGUGACCUUUGUCGCAGGAAGGUCCAAAACCUCGGCACGUCUCAAAGUCAAAGCCACUAGACACUGCCCUCCUAUCUGCCCCGUUGGAAUCAAUAUGGACGUGGAUCGACCCAACAGCGCUCUGCUUACCUGGGUUCCUGCGCCCAACAGCCAGACCUCCACCCGGUCCAUCUUUGUAGUGGAGAGACAAGAAGUGGGCUCCCAAGAGUGGCAGAAGUGUUUUACCUCAGAGACGGCGACCACAGCUGAGGUGGGAGGAGACAGCGUGCCGUGUGAAGGAGACUACCGGUUCCGUGUCUGCUGCAUCAACAAGUACGGACGAAGUGGACACGUGGAGUUCCCCAAAGCCGUCCAUCUGGUUCCUGGUCCAAAGAUUCACAGUAACCUCAAAUGCUGUGAGGUGAUGGAAGGAGAAGACGCCCACUUCUCCAUAGAUCUAUCUGCCUCAAUGGUUGGAACCUGGUUUUUGAACAGCGCUCAGCUGCAGCAUGGUGGACGAUACUCAAUAAAACAGGCCGUAACAAAGCACUCAUUGGUUAUCCAUGAGGCUCUCACUAUAGACAACGCAGCAGAGGUCACGUUCAUAGCUAACGGAGUGCGAGAUUCAGCGGUGCUCAAAGUAACACCUGCUGAGGUCAAAUUCAGUCCGCUGUCAGACUCAGACAGCAGUAAGAAGGUGGAGACAGGUGAUGCAAUUGUGCUCUACUGUGAAGUCUCCCACCCCUUCGCCAAAGUAUCCUGGUUGAAAGAUGGCAAGGAGCUCGAGAUGACUGAUGGACUAAACAUUCAGUCAGAUGGGAACAUGAGGAGAAUUGUGAUUCAGUCAGCGGAUGCAUCUCACUCUGGAGUUUACACGUGUGAGACUUCAGGAGAUGUCAUCAAAUUCAAUGUGGAUGUUGCAGGUCCUGCUGUGAAGUUUACUCCAGUCCCAGAGGAGGAGCUCCAUAAAAGCAGCAUGGAGCUGGACCCCGUGGUGCUGCUCUGUAAUGUCUCCACAGACGAUGCUGAAGUCGUUUGGUACAAGGACGGCUGUGAGGUGAAACCCAGUGACAACAUCACCCUGCAGGUGGAGGGAACCAUGAGGAGGUUGAUCAUUCGCUCUGCAGAGACCUCAGAUGCUGGCAGCUAUACCUGCAGAACAGGAAACAACAGCAUAGAUUUCACUGUCAAUAUCAAAGAGCCUCCGGUGAUGAUUGUGGAACCAAAGGAUGACGUUGUGAUGGAGGGCUAUGCCUCAGAGGAGAUCAGCUUGCAGUGUGAGUUGUCCCGUUCCAGUGGGAAGGUGUGUUGGUCCAAAGACGGACAGGAAGUGGAGGAGAGCAGCAACCUGCAGCUGAUAUCUGAGGGUCCUUACAGGAGGCUGAACAUCCUCAACGGCUCCCUGGAGGAUGCUGGAGAGUAUGUCUGCGAAACCAGCGGGGAUUCAGUCUUUUUCCAGCUCACUGUCAGAGAGCCGCUGAUAAGAAUCGUUUCCCCCAGUGAAUCAGACGUAGAGUUGACCCACUUGGCCCCUGAGAGGCUGGAGCUCAGCUGUGAGAUCUCACAGGCUGAUGCCCCUGUCCGGUGGUACAAAGAGGGCCUGGAGGUAGAGGAGGGUCCUAACUUGAUCCUGAAGGAGGAUGGGGUCCAGCGUAGGCUGGUCAUACCUUCUACCACUGUGGAUGAUGCAGGGGAAUACAUAUGUGAUACUGAAGAUGACUCUGUGGCCUUCCUCGUGACUAUUACAGAGCCAGCAGUGAUACUUACUCGUCCUAAAAACAUGCCUGACAAACUGGAGAGUGUAACCGGCAAACCAAUUGUGCUGGAGAUCAAGGUGUCCCGUGUAGGUGCAAAGGUCACGUGGUGGCUGGAUGGAAGAGAAGUAGAGGAGAGCAGCAACGUUACCUUCACUGAGGAUGGACUCAUCCAUCGUCUGACUAUCCACUCUCCCACCCCGGAGGAUUCUGGGAAAUACACCUGUGAUGCUUUUGAUGAUACAAUUGAUUUCCAGGUCAAAGUGUCAGAGCCUCCAGUGAAGAUCCUAAGAAAGUCAGAGAUCAAGACAAAUGUUAAAUCUCUGAUCUCUGAUGACAUUGUCCUGGAGUGUGAGCUCUCCAGAGCCAACACUGUCGCCAAAUGGUACAAAGACAACUGUCGUAUUCAGGGAGACGAAAGGUUCUGUGAAGAAGAAGAGGGUGCUUUCCGCUCACUGGUCAUCCUGAAUGCUGAAGUCGGAGACUCAGGAGAGUACUUCCUGGAUGUUGGAGAUGACAGCAUCAGCUUCCAGGUUACAGUAGAAGAACCUCCAGUGAAGAUCGUUGGGAACUCAAAUGACUCUGAUUACCAAGAGAUGAUGGCCGGGGAGGACCUCAUCCUGGCAUGUGAAGUGUCCCGUGCUAACGCCCCUGUACAGUGGUACUUCAAUGACAAGCUGCUUACUGAGGACUCCCGUGUCUACAUCGAGACCUCCGGCACUUUGAGGAAGAUGAUCAUCUCAAACAUGCAGCCGUCAGAUUCUGGGAAAUACGUGUGUGAUGCUGUGGACGACAAGAUGAUCAGCAUUAUCAGGAUUCAAGUGCCUCGAGUGGUGGAGUUCCUCACUGAGCUCCACAACACCACUGUGCUUGAGGGAGAAGACGCCACCUUCAAGUGCGUGGUGUCCCCUGAGGACGUCAACUUGAUCUGGCUCAUGGACAAUGAGCCUAUCACCAUGGGUGAUCGCUUCCAGGCAAACCAGAACGGCUUGUGUCAGACUUUGGUGAUCAGAAAGUGUCAGAUGUUGGAUUGCUCCAGGAUUACAGCAGAGGCCGAGGGUCAGAUCAGCAAAGCCAGUCUGAAAGUUCAAGAGGCUCAAGUGCUGUUCACUAAGAAGAUGGAGGCUGUCAUGGCUGAAGAGUUUGAGGACGCCACCUUAGAGACAGAGAUCAGCCUUGAGAUGGGAGAAGUGCAGUGGAUGAGGCAAGGGGUGGUCAUCCAGCCUGGUCCAAGACACAUCCUGGCUCAGAACGGCUGUAUACGCAGUUUAACCAUCCUGAACCUGACCCUGGCGGACAGAGGAACCUAUCGCUGUGAGACCCUACACGACAGGGCCCAAGUGAAGCUCAAUGUGGAACCCCGUAAAAUCUCCAUCCGCAGAGGCCUCUCUGACCAAGACACCUUUGAACGGGAGACUGCCUCCUUUGAGGUGGAGCUCUCUCACACAGAUGUGGAGGGAAUCUGGCAGAAGGAUGGCAUCCGAGUGAAACCGAACAACCAGUUUCGGGUGAGCACCAAUGGGUUAGUCCACGGCCUCACACUGUCCAACCUCACCCUGGAGGACACGGGGACGAUCGUCUUUUCUGCUGAGGGGGUACGCACCACUGCAAGGCUCACUAUCAAAGAGACUCCUGUGUCUAUCCUGAGACCACUCUCUGAUGUCCGUGUGGAGGAGGAAUUCCCUGCCACUCUGGAGUGUGAAUUCUCCAGACAAAUUGUGGAAGUCAAGUGGCUUAAGAAUGGGACGGAGCUGAAGCCGGGGAAGAACUGCAGGAUCUACUCCAUGGGCCGAAAGCGGUUCUGUCAGAUCAUGCUGUGCUCCCUGGCUGACUCUGGUACCUACACAUGUGACACAGGGGAAAUCAACACCUCCUGCACACUGGAGGUUUAUGAGCACAAGUUGGAGAUUGUGAAGGAACUGGAGGACCUUUUCAUCCAGGAGGACCAGAAUGCCGUCUUCAUGUGUGAGGUUUCUCUCGAUGACGUUCCAGGGGAGUGGUACAAAGAUGGCCACAAGAUCCGGCCCACGAGCACCAUCAAGAUCCGCACUGAAGGGACCAAACACUUCUUGCUGAUGUGUAAUGUCACAGCAGAAGAAGCUGGGGAGAUCCGCUUUGCAGCCAGGGAUGUUGAAUCAACAGCUUACCUUGAAGUUGAAGAGCUUCCUGUCUCCAUUGUAAAACCCCUACGAGAUCGAACAGCCCUGGAGAAACACCGCGUGAUCCUUGAAUGCACUGUUUCCACGCCUCGCAGCAGCGCCACCUGGUACAAGGGCGUGGAGGAACUGUUCCCCUCAGAUCGGAUGGAGAUCCUGGCUGACGACUGCUCCCAUAAACUGGUGAUCCUGCAGGCGGCUGUGGAGGAUGAGGGAACAUAUAGCAUCGAGGUCGGGGAGCACACAUGCAAAGCCAAACUGAUGGUGGAAGCCCAAGCCCUUGUAAUGGUCAAAGAGCUUGAAGAUGAGGAGGUGAUGGAGUCUGAGUCAGCAUGUUUCCAGUGCGAGGUGUCUGUUGACAUAAACAAGUCCCCUGUUUGGACUCUGAACGGAAUAACCCUACAGCAAAGCCCAUUCAUCCGUGUGGAAGACCACGGGACGGUCCACAAACUCACCCUCAAGAACACCAGCGUGGAUAUGAGCGGGGUGGUGAAGUUCACCAUGGGCAAGGCCAAGAGCAGUGCUACACUGACUGUAAUUGAAAAAUAAGGAAAGAGAAAGAAAAGCAAGUGACUCUGACAGAAAACGAGAAUGAGAAUCUCUCACAACUUUUCUUUGGAUGGUUACAUUUCACUGUGAUGCCAUUAUUGCAAAGUGAAGAUUUGGGUGAUAUAAUGUAUUUUGAAAUUAUUCCUUUUUUACAGUUUGGAUUAUAUUUAUUUUCCUGUUAAAGAUUUCUAAUUGA